AUGGACAUAUACGGUUGCGAAGGUGCUCUGGACGGCCUGAUUGCCAUUUACAAGGUACAUCAAAAGGUUUACGAAGCAAAUGUUGUCACCCAGGUCGUAGAGAGGCACAUUAUUCGGGGUCUGGAGGAUAUUUUUUCGCCUCUGGUUUAUCGAAGCUUGACACUUGUCACGAUAUUCUUCGCCAAGUGA